AUGUCUUUGAGACCUAGCGCGAAGACGGAGGUUCGCCGGAAUCGGUACAAAGUGGCGAUGGAUGCGGAUGAGGGAUGGCGGAGGCGAGAAGACAACAUGGUUGAGAUCAGGAAGAACAAGCGGGAAGAGAAUUUGCAGAAGAAGAGACGCGAAAGACUCUUUGAUUCCGCCGGUUUUGGCUUAGCCGCGGCACAAUCGAGAUAA